CAAAAAUACAGCUCUGGCGAAAAAAGUUAUCAGCCGAUUGCUGACAUUUAUCGACGAGCCACCACAAAUUCUUUCAACAGCAACAUUAUCUUCUGUAAUAUUAAUUAAAUGCUUUGAUUACAUCUACCUGCAAGCCGGCGCAAUGGACACAUAUUCGGUGGAUAUUGUAUAUCAAGCGAUCAGUGCACUAUUCCAAGGCACCAAUCCCAAGGAGCAGGAGAAGGCCAACAAAUGGCUGCAGGAGUUUCAAAAGUCGAUAUACUCGUGGACCAUAGCCGACGAGCUGCUCCACCAGAAACGAGACUUACACGCCAAUUACUUCGCCGCCCAGACGAUGCGUAACAAAAUACAAAACUCGUUCAGCGAGCUUCCACCGCACACACACGAAUCUCUGCGGGACUCGCUGAUAACCCACAUUGGUCAAAUCGACGAGCAGACGGACAGUGUGAUUGUGACGCAGCUAAGCCUGGCGGUGGCCGAUCUCGCGCUCCUGAUGGCCACGUGGCAGGAGCCGAUUAGUGAUUUGUUAAAGGCGCUCUCGCCGCAUCCAUCGGCCAUUUGGCCAUUGCUGGAGGUGCUCAAGGUGUUGCCCGAGGAGAUUGACUCGCGUUAUUUGCGACUGGGCGCGAAUCGGCGGGAGCAGGUGCACAAGCAGCUGGACGCCAGCGCCGAGUGUGUACUGGAAUUUUUGUGCGUGUGUGCGCAGCGCGAGGAUCUGGACCAGCAGCGCAUUUGGAAUGCGACCCUGCGCACAUACAGCGCUUGGCUGGUCAUACACGCGUUCCCGCUCUCCCACAUCUGCGACAAUGCACUCUCCCAGCUCGCCUUCCGGCUGCUCAGUCAGCCGGUGGAGACAUCUGGCAAAUUGCAUGACAAUGCGACCGAAUGCGUCUGUGCGCUGCUCAGCUGCAUGGGCACACGUAGCGGCAGCGUGGAUGCCGAUCCACAGGUGGCCCGCAUCUUUGAGGCCGUCUGCCAGCUGGAGACUGCGUAUCACUUGAGCGUGGCACACGAGGACACCGACAAAACGAUUAAUUAUUGCCGCAUCUUUACGACUCUGUGCGAUGCUUUCUCCCUGGAUAUGUUCGAGUCGCAGCACGCGUUGAAGGGAUUAGACUUGGUGCUGCUCUGUGUGGGUCAUUUCGACUACGAGGUGGCCGAGAUCACGUUUCAUUUGUGGUACAAGCUCAGCGAGGAUCUGUUCCAGCGAUACGACGAAAAGCUGACAGCCCGCUUCCGGCCUCACGUUGAGCGUCUCAUUAGCGCUCUAUAUCGGCAUGCGCAGAUGGAAAGCGACCAUGAUGGACUCAUCGAGGAGAAUAACAAUUUCUAUGAUUUUCGACGAAAGGUCUCGGAUUUGUUAAAGGAUGUGGCCUUUAUUGUUGGCUCCGGAGCGUGCUUUAAGCAAAUGUUUAUUAUACUGCAAGAGCCAAACACAACGUGGGAAUCCACCGAAGCAGCGCUCUUUGUUAUGCAAAAUGUUGCCAAGAAUAUAUUGCCCGAGGAGAAUGAUGUGAUACCCAAGGUGGUGGAGGCGAUACUCAACAUGACGGAUCAGACACAUAUUGCAGUGCGGUACACAUCGAUAAUGCUGAUAGGUGAGCUGUGCGACUGGAUUGAGAACCACUCGGAUCUGCUGGAGGCGGUGCUCAACUUUUUGCUGUAUGCGCUGCAGCAGAAGAACGGCUUGGCACCAGCGGCUGCUAUUGCGCUCACCUCCAUUUGCGCGGCGUGCAGACAGAAGAUGAUUUGUCACAUAAGCGGCCUGGUGGAAAUCGCGCGCAGUUUGGAUAGCUUUCAGAUCAACAACGAUGUGGCCAUUGGGCUGCUGAAGGGCAUAUCCCUCAUAUUGACGAAGCUGCCGCGUGAGCAGCUGCAGCCGGCGCUCCGCGAGAUUGUGGGCUUUCAGUUGCAGCCGCUGGCACAGCUACUGGAAAGUAGCCACUGUCCAUUGGAGAAGGGUGAGCGCAGUGAUCCCGUUUACUGGAUAGAUCGCGCCUGUGCUAUUAUACGCCACACGAAUCCCGAUGUGCCCGACAACGUGGAACAUCCAACAGUUGCAAUAUUAAAUGAUGCCUGGCCACUCAUCUCGCGUGUGCUGGAAAAGUACCAAAGCGAUCUGCGCAUAAUGGAGCGAACCUGCCGACUUAUACGCUAUGCUGUGCGCAUGGUGCGCAAGCAGGCGCUGCUGCUGGUGGAGCCGCUGAUCAAGCAAAUCGUUGUGCUCUAUGCGCUGCAGCAUCACAGCUGCUUUCUGUACGUGGGCUCGAUACUGGUCGAUGAGUUUGCCAAGUCGAACGAAUGCAUUACCGGACUGCUGGAAAUGCUGCAGGCCUUUAUCGAACCGACCUUUGGCCUGCUGCAGCUGGAGAACGGCUUGCGCAACAAUCCCGACACUGUUGAUGAUUUUUUCCGCCUGGCCUCACGCUACCUGGACUGCUGUCCGCUGCAGCUGUUGCAGAGCAGCCUCAUCACGCCCAUCUUUCAGUGCGCGCUCAUUGCCUGCUCGCUAGACCAUCGCGAGGCCAACUCCUCGGUCAUGAAGUUCUUCGUCAAUCUUCUAACUUGGGGACGCAGCAGCAACCAACGGCAUAGCGAGUGCCGACCGCUGGUUAUUGAACUCGCCACGCAGCAUGGCGGCGCGCUAGUCAUGAAUCUAAUACAGGCCUCAGUAUUUCAGCUGCACUCCUACAUGCUCGCCGAUGUCGCCGAGGUGCUCACCGAGCUCAAGAAUGCCGUCACGAAUGCACAAAUGCAGCCCUUCCUCGCCCAUGCGCUGGAAGCGUUGCCCAAGAAGAACAGCGGCGGCUAUGUAACUGCCACACAACAGCAGUUGGAUGAGUUUAGCAACACGGUGCUGAGAGCGGACACCACAAAAGCCGUUGCACAGGCCCUGAAAACAUUUACGCGGCUCUUCCGCUAAAACCACCGCCGCAUCACCACCAAAAUACACCGGAUCCUAAAAAUUAUUUAUGAUGAACUGUACAUUUGAAAUUAUGUAUACGCAAUGUUGAGCAAACGCUGGAUACAAGACUUGCCAACUUGUUAGAUGCAUGCGAUCGUAUUUAUACAUUUAACUUUAGUUGGUUAGCGUUAUUAUGCUGCGUGCGGGUUCAAAAGAUCCACACGGAACGUACAAUAAGUUGAUUUAUUUAAGUGCACCUUAGAUUUUAAUUUUAAAAAAUUGACCUAAAAUAUAUGCUAAAAAUGUUUAAUGACCGCA